CCGGGGUCCAAGGUACACGGCGUACAGAAAACAUUACGUAGUUUCCAAGCGAUACAGAGUUCUUUAGACGCCGGCUAUAGGAAAGUGAUCCAUAAAAUUGAUCGAUAAGCCGAAUGUCAGGCCUUAUCGCCCCCCAAAGAGAGGAGCGUGAGUCGGAGAGUGCACUCGCAGUGCAGACACAUUAAAACGAGCGAUCAUAUCUCGAUUCCUGGGCGAGCAUUAGCCUUAUCCACAUGGAGGUCUUAUCACCGCCAGGUCGCCCCGGGCCUUCAGUUGGAUUCCAGCUACGGAACCGAGCAGUCGGUUUGUGAUCAGUGCGAGUAAACAGCUCCACGUGCCGAGGAGCAUAGAAACUAGCGAAUAAACACAUCAGCAGAUCGGCAAUAAAACACGCAGUGACUGAUAAGACAGGCAGUAAAUAAAAUAUAUACAAAUAAAUAGGCGACAAUUCGCGAAUACGUGAGGAGCCAAGAUGAUUUCACAUACUGUGAGGGUCUUCAAGAUGAUGUACAUUGUGGCGGGCAUACUCAUCAGCAAUGCGGAGAUAUGCGACACAGUGGACCGCAUCCAAAUAGCGCCACGCGUCGACCUGAAGCCGGAGUUCGACCAGAAGUAUCUGACCUCCGGGGGCAGCAGCCCCGGCAACCGAUCCCGCACCCACUCGCGCCAGAAUUCCGGAAGUGGUUCGGGCUCGGGAUCGGAGGAUGGGGCUCCCACCAAACGGAGAAGGGUCAGCGUUUCCGGGAUAGCCGGCGGCGUGGUCAGGGGCGUCACCAGCCAGGUCUCCAAGAGGGUGGGCCACCGCUUCGUCUGGCUCUCCGACAUCCGGCUCAUCCUCCAGCAGUGGCGACUCCUGGCCCUCAGCUUCAACCUCUGGACCAUCCCCAACUUCGUCGUCCAGUGCCUCACCAGCUACAUGAGCAAGAAGCUGCUCAUCAACAGCGACUGUGAUAUGAUCUACAAGUAGGAAGUGCGUCCUAUGUGUGGAAGUUGAGAUAGGACAGCUACACUGAGAGGUUGCAAAUUUAUUGUUACUUUAGUUUUUACAUAGCUUUAAGAUCUGAAUAAACAACUGCUAGACAUUUAGA